CUAAACUAACAAUGUGCAUAUGAAGGUAUAAAUAUAGUUAAAUAAACAUAGUUCAUCCGAAUUGGCAGGUUUUCAGCACCUGUUUAAAAAAAAGAAAAGCAAUUUACUUACUAUAUAUAUGUGGCAAUGUGGGUGAUGGGGUUCCUUCAUUGGCUCACACGUAGGUUAAUUGUCACCCACGAUAGCCUAUCAGAAUGGCUCUUGCAGGUAUUUAAGGCUGGAAUAAUCUACCUGGUGUACGUCACGACUAGGACCGCCUUCACAGCGUGCGCGAGGACAGAAGGUGUGUAGUGUCUUUUUAGCUAUGUGGCUAAUGAAGAAGUGGGCAUGUACAUUAAAAUGCCGAUGUUUUAUUUCCCCCUUAGUAUGCGCAUUGGCUAAUGGAUAUCUGUUUGAGUCAGACUGUCUACUCUUUGUCGGCCGUGGAGCCUUCUCUUGCGCAUGUGUUAUUCUGCAUGGUCCGCUGUGAGCGGCACUACAACUCGCGUGGCGAAACGAUUCGUCUGGAAAAAUUUGACUUUUAAUCAACAUGGUGUUUUUCUCAAAUGUAAUAUUUGCCUGCAGCUCCUUUUACACAGGAAGAAUAGGAAUUCUUCUGAGUCUUUUACCAACUGUGAUGAUUGGCCUAGGGGCAAAGCACAUUUAUGAUUGCCCAAAGCAGCCCAUGGUUCCUGUCUACCUGCUAGUAGGUGGAUUGGUCUGUUUGAUUAUCCAGAUCCUCCCCUACGUCCUUUGCCACCAAUCAGAUGGAGAACCCAGUCCGCUGUGCCGGAUUCUUAAAGCUCUGCUCCUUGCUUUUUGUCCGAUCUGGCUCUUGACAGGUAGUGUUUUUAUAUACGAGGCAUAUGAACCAAAAUACGAUUUUCGUCUGUCUUCUGACUACUGUGAGAGGAUCAUCUACAAGUUUGCUUUCUGGAUUACAAAUGCUAUAUACCUUACUAUCCUAAUAACACUGCUCAGAUUCGGUUGCAGCCAGCUCUUAAAAUUAUGUACCAAAAGAAGGAAGUGCCACAUAAGUACAGUUUCUUGAAAAAGUGCAGUCAGCCAGAGAAUUAACGUCUUUACCUUUGGACUUAUGCUUGUUAUAAAAAGUACAUGUAAAGAGUUUAAAAGCCACACAAUGGUGGCCAAAAGUAUUAAGAUGAUAUAUACUGUACCAUGUAUUAUAGGUAUAGGUCUCUACCCAACCAAAUCCUGCAGGUUUUAAAGAAUAAAGGACGUCAUACUAAAUA